AUGAGUAUUCUUAUGAAUGACAAAUUGCAGAGCUUACUACAACAACAACAUUGUUCUUUUAAGGAUGUCUAUGAUGCUAUAGGUAGUAUCGACUUCACUAAGGCCAAAUUGAACCAGAAAUCUAGGGUAAAACUCAUACAAAUCGUAAAAAGCGAAGUUGAUUCCCAUCCAGACAACGAAGCUACCCUCAAUUUACUGAAGAUAAUGACUUCCAGAAGGAACUUUAUCAAUGAAGCAGCCAACGACAACUUCAAUAUUGCCAGUAUUUGCGAUACUUUCCUCAGGAUAUCCAGGAAUGACUGCCAAAACCCUCAAAUUAAGACCGCUUACAUACUCUGUGUUGACUGCCUAGUUAAUACAGCCGAGAAACUACGCGCUCAGAUCGCUGCUUCCGUUUGCGAAUACGUAGUUUCGAAUUUCAAAGAAGAUUCAGCCGACCAAGUAGUUUUUAGCAAGUCAAUGAGGCUCAUUAUCUCUACAAUAAGAGGUUCCCUUGAUUCCAAACCCGUUUUCCUCAGCAAACUCGUUGAUCAAGAUUAUAAGAACAUAAUUUCCUACGUUUGCAACACAUUUGAUCCUGUUGGCCAAGCAUUAGCCGCCGAAUUCCUCUGGAGAAUGCUCCAACUCUUACCGAAACGAAGAUCCGAAACCGAAAUCAAAUCAUUGUACGGGGACUUCAUCCAACUGAAGCAGAUCAGUGUUUCGCAGUUCUCAGAAGGCAUCCACAACUUCCUCAAGAACCUUAACUCCGAGUUCAAGAACGUCUACAACUUCAAUCUGAAGAACCUUAUCGUUGGUGGCUCGACCGUCUCGAAGACACAUUGGAUUUACAUCGGAAACGAUAAGAUCGUGUUCUGGAUUUCUAAAGAUUCAGAAUGGAAACCUACGAUAAAGAAGCCAUGUGAUCUGAUGAUACUCAGAAGAGAAGACAUCAGAGGUGUCUGCCAACAUGACAAGUAUUGGUGUCUCGUUCUCGACGACCAUUUCGAUACAAUGGUCGAAUGUUUCACUGAUGAGAAGAAAUUAAUUUUCUUCAAACCGUCGAAUAAAAGUGAAACAGAGUCAAUAUUCAAGAUCAUGGAGAGCAGAUUUGGAGAAGUCAAUGAAUCAUCAAUCAUCAUUACUCCUCCAAAACCUCAGAAGAAACCUAAAAAUUCUGAAUCCAAAAAAGUGGCAGAAACUCCAAAACCUAAAUUACGUGAAAAGAAAUAUGACAUUCCACCACCACAAACACCUAAUUUGGAGAAAGUUCCUGUCACUCCAUCAUUAUCAGCGAUGAACCAACAGACAGGAACAUCGUUCAUUGAUUCCUCCAGUAGUUCAUGGUCAUUAUCUGAUUCAUCACAAGAAAUCAAUGUCGAAGAAGAAAUUCCUAAAGUUCCAAAAGAUAGGAAAUUCAAACCAAUAAGAGAAACAGUGAAGAAGACACAAAAAGAAAGUAUCUUUGAAAUAAAGAAGGGAGCAACACCUGAGAAACAAUCAAAAAGAAUCGAAAUAAUCAACGAAGAAAUCAAUUCUGCAAAGAAAUUGUUAUCAGAAACAGAAGAGAAAACAAAAACAAAACAAAAGAAAUCAUCAAAGAAGAAACCAAAAGAAGUUCCAAAGAAGAGACAAAAAGAAGAACCAAAACCAAAGAAAACAACAAAGAAAUUGUCAAAGAAAGAAAAAGCUAAAAAACUUUUGGAAGAAGAAGAAAUGAAAAAGAAAAUAAUACAGGAAUCUUCAGAUGAUGAAAUCGAAAGUCCAUCAUUAUCUGAUGAAGACUCAUUCUCUGAUAACUACGCUCCUGUUAUCAGUCAAUCAUUUGAUAACACUCAAAUCGAUGAAUUUGAUAACGAAAUCAGUUCAGAUGAAGAAGAUGAAGAAAAAAUUUCAGAAGAAAAAGUGUCAAAAAUUUCUGAUGAAAAAGUGACAGAGAAAUCUGACAUCAGAGAAGAGAAACCAGCUGAAAUUAAUCAAAUCCAAGAGCAGGCACCUAAGAGAACAUAUGCUCCACAAUCCUGGGAAUUGGAAGCAUUUGCAGAGUUGAAGAAUUUCGGGCAGUCAAUCAGACAAAAACUGAAUGACAAACACAACGAAAUCAACAAAGUCAUUGAGUCUUCAACGGAAAACGCAAUCAAUGAUGUCUGCAAAUUCACAACUGAAUGUGAAGAAAACUUGGAACUGAUGAGAUCCAAUUUUGAUGACGCUUCUUCUGCAACUUACACUGAUAUCCAAAACAAACAGAAAAUGGUGAAAGAACUCGGUCAGCAGCAGAGAGAACACAUCGAACAGAUGAGAAAUGACUGCGCAGUUCUGAAGAAGAGAGCUGCAGAAAUGAUCAAAAGAUUCGAACAACAGAAAACUCAGUUGUUACAGAACCAGGAGAAACACAUAGCUCUGUUCAGAGAGGAUAUCAGAUCUGAAGUAAGAACUGCUGUUUCUCAAAAGAGAAGGGAGUUCUCGAAGAGCAAAGUUCAGAAACUUGUCAAUUUGCUCGAAGAACUGUAA